AUGGCCCCCCAGACUCCUGGCAACAUGUUGGAUGUUCCCCACCCCCCCUUGUCCCAGUCCCCCAUGCGUCAGGAAAGGGGCUUUAUGUCCAACAUGCAGAGAAACCCGUCUGGCUCCCAGUUUGCACCACCACCUCAGUCGGGGCCCUCGAUGUCCCCUCACCCCUCUCCUGGUCCUGUGGGACAGAUGUACCCAGGGAUGGGGCCCUACCCCCAAGGUGGCUCCAGUGGCCCCUAUGGACCCCAGGGAUCCCAGGCAAACCAGUAUGGACCCCAAGGAAACUACCCACGUCCACCCAACUACGGCGGGACCCCCAGUGCCAACUACAGCAGCCCCGGGCCCGGCCCUGGCAUGACAAACAGCCAGGGUAUGAAUGCCAGCAGCCCCAUGCACGGCCAGGGUCCCGGGCAGCCUAUGGGCCGCAGUCCUGGUGCGGGCAGCCGCCCCUACCCCAACAUGGCCCCCAGCUCCCCCAGUAUGCCCCAGCCAGCCGGCCCUGGAAUGGGCCCUCCUUCACUGGGCAAUGUCAACCGCAAGGCCCAGGAGGCAGCAGCCGCCGUCAUGCAGGCCGCAGCUAACUCUGUACAGGGCAGACAGGGCAGCUACCCAGGCCCUGGCAUGAACCUGAUGGGAACAGCAGGAUCUGGAGCCCCCUACAACCAGUCACCAGGCAACAACUCAGGCAUGGGCACACCACAGGGUCCGCCCUACAACAUGCCACCCUCAGGGGCCGUGGGGAUGUCUGUGAGUGGGAUGAUGAAUCCUGAUGGGAAGCAGAAAACAGGUGGCAAGGAGGAGAACAUGCCCACCAAUGAACCUCCAAAACUAAAGGAUGGGCACAGUGGAUCCCAGUGUGUCUCCAUGCCCACCACCCCUGGUGCCAUGCUUGUCCCCUCUCCCCUGUCCCCCAGCCCAGCCAGCCUGUCCUCCUACCAUGGGGAUGACAGCGACAGCAUCAGCAGCCCCGUCUGGCCAAAGACUCCCUCCAGCCCUAAGCUCAACUCGUCCACCAUGACUAGCGAACGAAUCACGCGCCUGUAUGAUAUGGGUGGGGAGCCGGAGAGGCGUGGCUGGGUGGACCGGUACCUGUCCUUCAUGGAGGAGAGGGGUACACCUGUCCCCCAACUUCCCGCCGUGGGCAAGAAGCCCCUGGACCUCUGCAGACUCUACAUGGCUGUCAGGGAGAUAGGGGGCCUGGCCAUGGUGAACAAGAACAAGAAGUGGCGUGAGCUGUCCACCAAUCUGAGUGUUGGUACCUCCAGUAGCUCCGCCAGCUGUCUGAAGAAGCAGUACAUCCAGUACCUGUUUGCCUAUGAGUGUAAGGUGGAGCGAGGAGAGGACCCGCCGGCCGACAGCAACACUGGGACUGGGGGGGAAAACAGGAAGCAGGCCAAGGUGCAGCUGCCCUCUCCUGCUAACUCAGGGUCCCUUCAGGGCCCCCAGACCCCCCAGUCAUCAGGCAGCAGCUCCAUGGCAGAGAUGUCAGGUGACCUGAAGCCUCCCACCCCAGCCACCACCCCCCAGGGACAGGUCACCCCCAUCCCAGCCAGCAGGAGCAGUGUUGUGAGUGUGCAGGACCCGUUCUCUGAGGUGAGCGACCCGGUCUUCCAGAAGCGUAACUCCCUCCCCCCGGGGGGCCCUGGGGGACCGUACCAGCAGGGGGUCAACAUGCCCCCUAACAUGAUGAUGAGGAUGCAGUACGAGAAGGACCCCUUCGUUGGCAUGAGAAAGGUGGCAGGAGGGGAGCCCUACAUGCCAGGCCAGAUGACCAGUGGUGGCAUACAGGAUAUGUAUGGCAGGUCUACAUCAGGCAUGGGCCAGCGCUCCCAGUACCCAUAUGGACCAGGCUACGACAGGAGACCAGACCAUCUGAUGGGGAUGGAGGGGAGCAUGGGCCCCCCCGGGAACCAGAGCAACAUGGGACCUUCCAACAGCGAGGGCAGCAUUUACUCUCCCAACAGAUACCCCUCCCAGCAGAGACACGAAGGCUACGUGCAGCAGUACCCUGGCAUGUCAUAUGGAAUGCACCCCUCAGGGAUGUACCCUCAACAACAGCGCCCCAUGGAGGGCAUGUAUGGGUCCCCAGGCAAGAGACAUGAGGGGGAGAUGUACAGCCCCCCAGCAAAGAGACAUGAGGGGGAGAUGUACGGCCCCCCAGCAAAGAGGCAUGAGGGGGAGAUGUACGGCGCCCCAGCAAAGAGACAUGAGGGGGAGAUGUACGGCCCCCCAACAAAGAGACAUGAGGGGGAGAUGUACGGCCCCCCAGCAAAGAGACAUGAGGGGGAGAUGUAUGCCAUGCAGUAUAGGGGCCAGCAGCCUGACAUGUAUAACCACUACACCACUGGUUACUCUGGACCUGAGAGGAGGCCCAUGCAGGGCCAGUUCCCCUACCCUUCCCCCUAUAGCCGAGAGCGCAUGCAGGCCUCUGGCCAGGGGCAGCACCCCAUGGGCCCCCAGAUGAUGUCCGGGGGGCCACUCUCUAACAACGGAGUGGAAGGACCCCAGGGGCCCAACAUGUGGCCCUCCAGGACAGACAUGGGUUAUCCCUACCCCAACAGACAGGGGGCACCCUCUCAGGUACCGCCAUACGGUCCUAUGGGGAGAGGAGAUGAUUUGGAGGGCCGACCCAUCCAGGAUGGUCAGUGGCUUGGGCACGGAGGCCAUCGCCAGUCCUCCUACAUGUCAGGUGGUAUGACCCCCAUGUCCUCCCGCCAGCCCCCCUCUGCAUACCAGACCUCCCCCUCCAUGGCCAACCACCUGCCCCGAGCCCCCAGCCCCGGCUCCUUCCAGCGCUCCAUGGAGGCACGCAUGUCCCCCAACAAAGCUGUCUUUAUGGGCUCCAUGAAGAUGCCAGGCAAACCAGGGAUGCCCAUGCCAGGGCAGGGUAAUGGGCACCCAGGCCAAGUCGCACCUAACCUGCUAAGAGAUCUCAACUACCCUCUAGGAUCUGUAGAGGCCACCAUGCCCGUUUUCAAGCCACGUCGCAAAAUUACCUCCAAAGACACUGGAACCCCAGAGGCGUGGCGAGUGAUGAUGUCUCUGAAGUCAGGUCUGCUGGGUGAGAGUACGUGGGCCCUGGACACCAUCAACAUCCUGCUGUAUGAUGACAGAUCUGUGGCCUCCUUCACCCUCACACAGUUGCCUGGCUUCCUGGAACUGAUAGUGGAGUACUUCAGACGCUGUGUGAUGGAGAUCUUUGGCAUCCUGGAGGAGUAUGAGAUAGGGACCAUCGGCCAGAAGACCCUCCUUGGGGCUGAAGCCUGUGACCAGGGGGAGGAGCUGACCUCUGAACCUGAGAUGGACUGUGAGGCCAGCCAACCAGAGCCUGAGCAGGAGCAGGAGGUGGAGAGGGGGGAGACGGAGAAGGGGGAAGUAGAAAAGAGGGAGGAGAAACCUGUUGACAUCACAGAGAAAAUGACAACGGAAGGUAUGUCACCCCCCAGUGCAACGGAACCAGCCCCUGAGGGAACGAAGGAGGAAUCUGAAGCCGAGAUGAAGGUAAAGAAGGAGGAGGGGGAGAAAGAAGAGGAGGGGGAGAAAGAAGAGGAUGGGGAGAAAGAAAAAGGGAAAGAGAAUGAGGAGAGUGAAAAGCCAACCGAGAGUAAGGAAGCCUCAGCUGAAAGUAAGGAAGACUCUCCUUAUCAGGCUCCUUCAGAGCACGAGCCAAGGCCACAACAGGCCAGCAAGUACGAUAAAUUCCCCGUCAAGAUCCUGCACAAAGAGGACCUGAUUGAGGACAUGACAGAGCAGCUGGGCCACGUGACAGAGUUCACUAGCGGACUGCUCCACUGGCAGGCAGGCGGGGGUGAUUCCACCGCCCACAUCCAGGCCCACUUUGAGUGCAGGGGAGAGCACACUGACAGGAUGGAGGGAGAGAGAAAGGAAUGUGCCAGUCUCAAUAAAGAACAGGACACAGAGGGGGGAAAGCAGACAGAGAAGGGUAUCACUGCCACCAUCGAUGAUAUACUGUGUGCCCGGUUAGGGGCUUUGUCAGAGGGCCACCCUACCCACUCUGCCCCCACCUACCCCUUCAGACUGCACCAGGGAGGGGGACACCAGCACAUCACCCUGCUAGAGGACGAGCCCCGCUGUCUGGACGAGGCUCCCCUCUCCACGUCCUCCCCCUGGCAGGACUCCCUGGCCAAACGCUGCCUCUGUGUGUCCAACAUCAUCCGCAGCCUCUCCUUCAUUCCUGGGAACGACUCAGACAUGUCCCGUCACCCAGGCCUGGUGCUGAUCCUGGGCAGACUGCUGCUGCUACAGCACCAGCACCCAGAGAGGAAGAGGACGCCCCCUAGCUACCAGAGAGAGGAGGUGCAGGAGCGGGGCCUGGCCUGCAGUAAGGACGAGUGGUGGUGGAACUGUCUCGCUACACUCAGGGAGAACACCUUGGUCACUCUGGCUAACAUCUCUGGCCAGCUGGACCUGUCCCUCUACCCUGAGACCAUCUGCCUGCCCAUCCUGAACGGCCUGCUCCACUGGAUGGUGUGUCCCUCUGCCGAGGCCCAGGACCCCUUCCCCUCAGGCACCCCCCACUCGCCCCUCACCCCCCAGAGACUGGUGCUGGAGUGCCUUUGCAAGCUGAGCAUUCAGGACAACAACGUGGACCUGCUGCUGGCCACGCCGCCCUUCAGCCGCCAGGAGAAGAUGUACGCCACCCUGGUGCGCUACGUGGGCCAGCGUAAGAACCAGGUGUACCGCGAGAUGGCCGUGGCCACCCUAUCCAACCUGGCUCAAGGAGACUCUACGGCAGCACGUGCCAUCGCCAUACAGAAGAAUAGUGUGGGUAACCUGAUGGGCUUCCUGGAGGAUGGAGUGAGCAUGGCCCAGUACCAGCAGAACCCCCACAGCAUGCUGCACAUGGCCCACCACCCCCCCAUGGAGCCCCCCAGCAUUAACAUGAUGUGUCGGGCUGCCAAAGCUCUGCUGGCUAUGGCAAAGGUGGAGGAGAACAGGCCAGAGUUUGUCCUGUAUGAGGGACGAAUCCUGGACAUCUCCAUCUCCUCUGUGCUCAACCAAGGGGUGACCAGCAUCAUAUGUGAAGUACUUUUUCAGUUUGUAAAAAAAUUAUGACAGCAGGGUAGACGGACCUGAGCCAAGAGACAGACAGAGAGACGAUGAGAGGAACACGUUAUUCUGUGGUUUUAUAUUUUUAUUUAAAUGAAAUGGAAGAACUUUUUUUUUAUAUAUAAAUAUAUAUAUAGCUCCUCUGCCCCCAUUAACGCUUUGGUUUUGGGAUUUGAAAGAUGAUUUUAAUACAGAUAUUUAAUACCUGCUGUUGUUUAAGUGUAUAUUGUUUGAAUACUUAUUUUUCCUUUGUUUUCUUUUGUUUAACCAAAGCUGGUGCCAGAUUUUGGAGAGGAUUCUUUCAUUUCAUUUUUCUCUUUUGAAAUGUUUUGGAAUUGUAUAAAUGUUCAUAUCUUUAUUGACCGUAUGUGGUUUGUUUUGUUUACAAAGAUCAUAUUUAUUUAAAUUGUGAAAAAUAUUGUAGAUAAAACUUAACUUGCCAAACUUUCAGAAAAAGAGAACACUGAUUUUAAACAAACAUGUAAAUGUUUCAAUUGCAGGAGAAAAAUGUGCAAUAGGCCUAGUGCAAGUUGUCUGUUCAUGGCACUUGCAAUAUGUAAUUUUGACCAUGGGUAGGCAGUGUUGCAUCAGCCAGUUAGAAAAAAUUGAAAAGAUUGUCCUCAUUUUAACAGUGUCAAAUGUUUGACUUGCUUCAUUGUUGUCAAUCAUUGCUACUACAUCCGGGAGUCAAGUUUCACAAAAGAACAAUAUCUUAACCACUUGUGUUGCAUUUGUUUUAUUUCCUUUUAACUCAAGUUGGCACUAUGUACUGUAUAUACUGUACUGUAUAUACUGUACUGUAUAUACUGUACUGUAUAUAAUGUACUGUAUAUACUGUACUGUAUAUAGACUGUUGUACAUUGGAACCACUUUCACUUUUCUUUAAAGUUUUGGUAGAAUACAUUCACUAUCAAAAAAAGUUUCAGAUUAUUACAACUACUUUUUAUUAUUGGUGAGAUUUGUUAUUGUUAUUAUACCUAUUUUGUUAUUGGGGUCAGAUAUUUGAACCUGGAGGUUGUGUAGGUCUCUGUAUGUAUAACGUUCCUCUACGCAUUGUACUAUAGCUUCAAGCUGAUCAAAACAAUAUUUGGUGAUCAAAUGUGAAAGUGCCAGGGUCAGGGAUAACUAGCUGAGGUUACAGAACUUGUGAAUAUAUUUAUUUUAUUGUAUGUCCUCCAUUCAUGUAAAUGGGUAUAUUUUUGAGCCAAGACAAUGUAGUUCAAAAAUAAACCUCAGAAAAGAACCCACAACACACACAAAAUAUGACAA